UGGUAUAUUAUAUCUGUAAUUCUCCAAACAGUAAGAAGUAUUGAUUCAAUCGAAUAAGACGAUUGCUUAGUUGGUUGAAGAGUAUGUCAUUCUUUCUAAUCAAUUUGACUAUUGCGACAUGUUUAUGUAUAAGUGUAGGUCUCAGACAAAAUAUUUUUUCAAUGGUCCAUUUAAUAUUUCUUAUUGGUUUCCCACCAAUUCUAUCAUCAAAACAUCAAAAUCUAAAUGAUCUAUUUCAGAGUAAAAGACUUAAACGAUUUAUUAAAUGUAUGGUCUAUAUUACUUGGUUUAUAUUAAUGUUAAAAAUUAUUUACAUUAUUAUGAUGUAUGUAAAGCCUCGACAUCAAAAUAUGGAUAGUGUAUGUGAUAAUAUUGGGCAAUUGUUAGACGCAAUAGGAUUGGUUAAUGAUAUAUCCAAUGUGACACUAGAUGCUAUAUUAUUAAUUAUAUUUGCAAUAGUUUUACAUUAUUUUCCAAAAACUGACACAAACAUCAGUCAGGAUUUAAUAAGUAUACCUAUUCACGUGAAAAACUAUUACUCAAUAUUUGUUUCCAAGUAUUCAUGCUUGGCUAUAAUGUGUAUAAGCGGUAUUAUGGUCCCUUCAAUUGCUUGUUGUGUUUAUUACAUAUUGUUUGCAGUGCUUACUACAGUUAUUGUUUUAUUCAAACCGUUGAAUAAAACUAUUGCUUGUUUAUUUCGAGCAAUAUGUUUCUAUACAAGUCUCCAUAUAUUUGUGUUAUUUUCUUAUCAAAUAGAAUGGAUUCAUAACCUCAAAAUUAAUAUGAACUUGAAACAAUUUGGGUUAAUUGCUUUUCAUAGUUCAAAAUGUUAUACAUCUGAGGUAUUGCUUGAACUCGAGUUAAAUAAUUAUUUAUUACCAAUUUUAUUAUUUAUUCAACACUUUAUGUUAUGGUCAUAUUCUAAUAUGAUUUCUGAAAAUACAUCUAUAGAGAAUUCGAUAAAAUCAAAAGAAUCAUUGGAAAAUAAAUUCAAACUUAUAUGCAUAAUUUUGGAAGGCAUAAAUACAAUAGGAUUUAAAAUUGCUAUUCUAAUUUGGUGUAUUUGUUAUCCUGGAUGGCUAACAUUCAUAAUGCUAUUAUGGACGAUAGUUUUUUGGAUGCAUUUAAAUUCUCGUGGAAAUCUUAUAGUUAUUCUAUUUCUUGCUAUUAGCACUCUUCUUUUUGAAUAUACAUACCUUGUUACGGGUAAUGAUCUACUUAAACAAGUGUUUGGUUCGUAUUUCAAAGAAUGGAUUUUUUAUCAACAAUUUUCUAUGGAUAUUUUGAUCAAAACAUUGUUUACUGUAACAUUUUGGAUAGCAUUAGAUGAAGUAUUAGACAAAUCGAACGAGGUUAGAUCAAAACUAUGGUCAAUAAAUUCAAAUUACUACAUAUCAUACACGUGGACUAUAUUACUGAUUAUGAUUAUGAUUAUAUAUGGAUUUUUUGGAUAUCAUAAAAUCAACUAUAUCCAAAUUGGUUACAUUAUGUUAGCACUUUUAUUUUUAACUAUUUUUCAAGUUUCUUUUCAAGUAUGGAGUACGAUUGUGUAUCUAUAUUGGACAAUAGUAGUAUUGUAUUCUAUAAUUGUGAUAGCCAUCACAUAUGUGUUUCAAUUUUAUGGAUUUGCAGAUAUUUUGAUCACGCAUUUACACAUUUCAAAUGAUAUGCAACGUGAUAUUGGAUUAGAUAAGACAGACUCAUUCAAAACAAUUGUACCGGCUAUAAUUGCAAUCGCUAUUUUAGUUCAAUUCCAAUAUUUCAAUAGACACUUAACUAACUCUUUGAAUAUGAAGACACCAAUUGAUAUUUUAAAAACUUCUGAAGAACCACACGAAAUUGAACCACACUUAUCAAAGGAAAUAGUUUUUUCAAAAAUAUUGAACACUUUAAUAAUAGUUUUUCAUGUACAUUUAAAUAAAUUAUUAAUCAUGUUUGUCGUGAUGUUGAUCAUGAGUAAACCUUGUUUUUUGAACAUAAUACUACUUAUUACAAUGCUAUUAUGGAUAUUAAUGGAUUACAAUAAAUUUAUGACAAAUAUAUUGUUCUUGUAUAAUGCUUUGUAUAUAAUGGUUAUACUUGCGUACCAAUUCUCAUUCUGUAAUCAUGAACUUUAUACAUACAAAUUUCGAUUACCUAUCAUUGAUGAACAACAUAUUAAGUUAGAAGAAAAUUUUAGUUCUCAUCAACUAAAUAUUGCGGAAUUAUUUGGUUUUAAAAAAAUUGAUACAAAUGAAUUAUUAUUUAAUUUUUUAUCAUAUGAGCUCUUUAUUUUGCUGAUAAUGGUUUUAAAAAAAAUCAUCUUGAUUUAUUUGGAAUUUAAGUACUACCCUCAAAAACCGCCAUCAUUGAUUUUUCCAAACAUAACAUAUACAGAUAUGAAUAAAGGAAUUCCAGAACUUUUCAUGUACUUGGCCAACAGUGGAUUCUCUCUUUUUGGACUAGAGAUCACUUUUACAACUAUUACGAUUACGAUCUAUUUGUCUUUGGAUGUGUGUGGAUUAUUGUGCGCUUUAUGGCUCUUGAGCUUUAUUGUUAAAAGCAGAAAAUCAGUUUCAACUUAUUGGAUAUAUUUUGUAAUAUUUACGUAUUUAGUAAUAAUAUUCAAAUAUGUGUUGUGUGUUGAAACAAUAUUUAAUCACAAUUCUGAAAUUCCAUGGAAAACAAUCAAUAUUAUAGAUAAUGUAACAAUACAAUUAUACGAUGAAGGUUAUAAUGGAUUGAUAAGGCCAUUAACGUCAUUUGAUUUUAUAUUACUAGUUUUUGCUUCUCAUCAAUUUGCAGUUUUUAGAAAAGAGAGUUUGCAAAUAUCAUAUGAAAAUCAUUUUCAAGAAAAUAAUAAUACAACUCAUGAAGAUAUCCCGGAUUACUUAUCACAAAACAAAACGUAUUUGGACAUUUUGAAAAAAACUGUUUUCAAUAAUUCCAUGUGGUUAAUUUUAUUUUUCAUAUUUUGGACCGGUACAAGUCAUGUUAACAUAUUUUCUCUUGGAUAUUUAUGCGCUGGUACUAUAUUUUUUUGGAAAGGUACACACUAUUUUCUAAUGCCAUUGGACAUGAUACUUAGAAUUUGGAAUGGAUUAUUGGAAUUCACCAUUGUAGUGAUAUUUAUUAAAGCAUUAUUACAUCUAUUAGGAUGUUUGGUUUUAAAGUAUUUUGAAUGGUAUUCGUGUAUUUUUAUGCGUGUUUUUUCAAUAUUUUGUUGUGUAAAAUCUUCGGAAAAACAGAUAUGUGGUACAUCAAAAAAUGAUAGUGGUUUAUUUUUCGAUGUUUUCAUAUUUACGUUGGUAUUGUUUCAAAGACGAUUUUUCAAAAGUGAACAUUUUCUUAAUUUAAUUGAUGACACAAAAGCUGUAGCCGUAUUGGCUAGUAAGAUGUGCCAUAUAGUCAAUGAAUGGGAGCGAACUAAAAAAGACGAAAGUCGUCAAAUAGAUUUAGAUUCACUGGAAAAAAUCAGAGCAAAGCUUAAUAAUAUUAGACAGUCAAAAAAGCGACUAAGUCAAACACAAACAAAACAUUUUAGAGCUUGUUUGGAUGGUGAAUUUAUGUUUGAGAAAAUUUAUGAUGACGUAUAUUUGGUUGUAAAAUAUGACACUCAUAUCUUUUCUAAAUAUUAUGGAGACUCAGUAAAUGGCUCAUGGCUAUAUCGACAGUUUGUUUACUUUGUGUUUUAUUUAACAGAACAAAUGAAUAGUUAUUCUGAAAAACACAGACAAAUAAUGGAAACUUUAAAUGCAGAAAAAACAAAACUAAUGAAAGAUUCAAAACUGUUAAAAUUGGGCCAACACAAGGGUGCUUCAAUGUUAUGGACUCCGAUGAAAAAUAUUAUAAACAUAACUGACUAUAAAAUGCGAUAUUAUGAAGAUGCCAACAAAGAUAAACACUGGUUCAAACAAUUUAUUCUGGCGAUUUGGAAUGUAAUUCAAUCGUCUACACAUUUGUUUUGUUACCUCGGCAUAUUUUACAACACAGCUCAUAACACUUUUGAUUCAAUUUCAAUGAUACCUGUUGUAAUGGUAAUUUGUUGGGGACAGUUGUCGGUACCUAGACCAACGAAAACAUUUUGGAUUGUUUUAAUUACGUACAUGCAAAUCACAGGCCUAGUUAAGUACAUUUGUUCUUUUAAAGAAAUUCCAUGGACACAAGAGGAAUUAACAUUAAAAAAUACAAGUUCAUUGGAUUUUUAUUCUUAUCCAACAAUGCGCUUAGGAAUUGGAGAUUACCAAUCUAAAAUUCUAACAGACCUAAUUGUUUUGUUGGUAUUAUUUGUGCACAGACGAACAUUAGUAAGAUUAGGUCUUUGGACGUGUAAUAAACACCAUACGCAAUGGGUUGCCAAUACAACGAUAUUGCAAUAUAAGAAUCAAGAAAUAUCAUCAUUUAGAAUGAUAAUUUUCAAUAUCAAAACGCAUUUAAGACCUAUCUAUGAAUUUUAUCAAGAUCUUCGACACUAUCACACCGAAGGAACUGUGAAUGUGUAUCCGACUAUGUUUUUGUUAAUAUUUAUGUUUGUACCUUUCGAAAUUCUUAAUUUAAAUACUGUCACGGAAUCAUUCGAUAUAAAUCGAGUAACAAAACUUUUACUCAUAACAUUCUCAAUUAACGUGGUAAUCAUAGUCAUAGAUAGAUGGUUUUAUGCUAAACGUUUUGUUCUAGGGAAACUCAUUUUUCACAUAUUUUUUAUAAUUAUAUUUUUAUUGGAAAUCGGAUGGAGAGAUAAUAGUUUGAUUACAAGUCCACUAUUAGCAUUCAACAUAUAUUUGUAUAUUUCAGUUUCGGCCUAUCAAAUAAGGAACGGUUACUUGUAUCGGCAUGCGAGUUCAUUUCUUUGGUCACGAUAUACACUAUUCAAUUUGUUGGCUUACAAGCUAUACUACUAUUGUCCAUUUGUUCACGAAAUCCGUACUGUAUUGGAUUGGAUAUGGACAGAUUCGUCAUUGACAAUUAUGGAGUGGUUUAAAAUGGACGAACUCUUUACUCAUGUGUGUUGUGUUAAGAGCAUUCUAAAUUUUCGUGAUUUAGUAGAUGGUAAACGAGGUAAACAUGUAUCUUGGAUAUUUAAGCUAUGUGUUGGUGGCGGAAUUAUACUGGGAAUAUUGAUAAUAAUAAUAUUUCCAAUGGUAUGGUUUUCAAUGUUUGAAAGUAAACCAGAUACACCGUCGUCAAUGGAAUUGACUGUAACAUUUGGAGAAGAUUUAACUGUGUUUUCCAGCAAGUCAGAUGACAUACAUAGACUAGAUGUUUCGGAUCUAAGAUUAAUAAAAGACAUAUACUUAAACUGUUCAAACAUAAAUCGAAAUAGUAUUUCGGAAUUUCUACUUCAAUACGAAUAUGAUGAAAUAAGCUCAAUGAAUGUAAUACCACAGUCGAUAAAUUCACGGCCCAUUACCACAUAUGAAUUCAACAAAUUUAAAAAGAUUAUUCUUACAAGUCCCAGUAUUAAAAUUUCAGUAGAAUGGGCAUUGACACAUCACGAUGGUGUUAAGGUGAGCCGUGGAAAAAACACAGUCAUGAUGCAUGAUUAUACUCAUUCCAUAUUAAUCGAUUGUCUGAAUCAUAUGUUGAAUAAAAGUUCUAGUGAUGUACCUGGUUCUUGUAAUCAAGUGGUCAUACCUAAUCUAUUGCCAAAAUUUUUAGUGUUGUUUUUAAAGUCUACUGAAACAGUAGUGAAAUCGGAAUUGAUGAUUCAUAACCCAACUAAACCAUACAUGGACGUCGGGUUAACAUUUCAUUACGACGAUGUAUCUAAAUUUAGUUACUGGUGGGACUUUGUAGAAAUAUGUCCUGAUGAAAACGAAGACACCAGUUAUUUAAGCAAGUUGCCUUAUUCAUCAUGCGCUGAUAAUGAAAAACAUUUGGUCACAACUAACAAUACUCAUAUGAAUAUUAUGUAUAAUAUAUAUGUAUUCAGCGAUAGAUAUUCAAGUACUAUGCAGUUUUUAGAUGAUAGAGGGAUAGUUGGCUUAUACACUAUAAUUGUAGUUUAUUUUGGAUAUAAGUUUGCAUUUGAUAUAUUUCGAUCUUUCAAAUUCAAAUUGGGAUACACCGAAACACCUUAUCCAGACCGUAUACUACAACUUUGUUACGAAAUUUAUAUGGUUAGAUUCUUCGGAGAAUAUGAAAUGGAAGAAGAUUUAUACGCAAUGUUAAUAUUUUUGUUUCGAUCGCCUGAAACGUUAAUUCGUUAUACGAGACGACCCGCAGUUUCAUAGAAUGUGCAAGAAACAUAUGUGUUUGAUAAAGUUUAAAUAAUUAAAUGAAAUGUAUUUUUUGGUAAAUUUUGUUAAAUUAUAGUUUUUUUUUCAAAGAAUUAAAAUUUUAUAAAAUA